GCCUAGUCCUUUCUCCUGCGUGGACCGGUCAGGUGGCUUCGGAGGGUGAGUAGGGGAAGAGGUCCAUUUUUAGCCGCGUUCUCACGUAGGGUUCUAGGGAAGUAGCUGGUUUCAAGGAAAAAGCAGCAGGGCAGAGACAGGAGAAGUACCCAAAGAAAACGGAGCGCUUGCAGGGUGAAACUACACAGCACCAACCCAUUAACUCGUGUGCAGUGCUGGAGUCUUCUGUUCGUCCACGUUCUGGGGCCCUCUCCCCUUUUAGCUUCUUCCACUGACCACUGCCCUGGGGCCGACUGAGCGGGGCUGGGCGCGCGUGCGCUGUUGUGCGCGCGCGUGUGCGUGUGUGUGCGCGGUGAGUGUGUGCGCGCAGCCCGCGCGCAGAGUGGGGCCGCCGGGACCCAGCAUCCCGCCGCCCGCCGGGUAUCCCCGCUCCUGGUAGCCUCCGGCUGGCUGCCUGCUCACCUGGCGCUCUCCGCGUUCGGCUACCGCUGCCUCAGCUCCAAGUUUCCGCGGUGCAGACGCCCGGGUGCCCCGGCUGCCCGCGGAAGCGCGGUGCUGAACCGCACCUUGGAGUGGCCUCCUCACGGUACCUCUCUGCCCGCUCCCCACCAAACCAGAGCAAAGAACAUAUUACAAUUAAGAGGAGAAAACGAGGAAAGGCGUUUCGGAGUGAGAGAGACUGGAGCGUCUUUCCUGCUGCCCACCGGGAGCCGACUGACGCGCUCCUGGGGUUCCGAGGAGACCGAGGGGCAGCCAAGUUACCGAUCAGACACUGGGAGACUUCCGAGCCCAGCAGCUGGUCCCCGGCUCCGCUCCCCGCGAGGGCUCCCUAGCCGUCCCCCUCUGCUUCCCUCAGAAAGGGGCGCCUGCACCGCCACGGAGAAGUCGCGGAAAAGCCCCGGACUCGCGUGUGUCGCAGCCUCGGCUUUGGAUUUUAAGGGCAUGAAGGAGAAUUAACAGCGCCGCAAGAACCUCUUUCGUCUGCUUUGUUGGUUCUGCAGCUACUUCAGUGUCUGAGUGGGUGGCUUUUGGAUUAUUAUACCUCAUUGCCCCACUGGGUUUGCCUCUGGAAAUUUACUGAAGAUGGUUUCAAGAUGUAGAAUCCUUAUAUAUGAAGUAUUCCACAUGAAGUUUGAGAAUCCUCAUUGAAUUUGCUUCGUGUUAUGAUGUGACCGUCUCCCAUCAUCCCCAGAUGUGACCAUUGAGUUACAGGAAAUCAGCUCAGGGCUUCCACUAGUUCUGCCCUAUGACAGUGUUGCUGAGGGACUGCUUCACUAACAGCUGGAACACAACGGUAUCUGCGGUAUUGACAGUUUUCCAGAGCUUGAAGCUCCUAGUUUUCUUGGAAUGAAAUAACAGCCCUCCACAAAAGACAGACGAACUGAACAGUUUCGCUGGAGAGCUGUUAUGAGCUGCAUAUAUUCCUAAAGUAUCCAAUGGAUUUUUAAUCCUCAGAGCCCAGUCAUAAUGUUAUAAGAAGAGGCUCAGAAAGGAGCUCAGCAAGUAGCCACCACCAGCAUGAGGAGCCCCCAAAUUGAAACUGAUAAAAGUGAGAAAAGACAGAAUGCAGCCUCAAGGUACAUGUCAAGCAUUUGGCUUGUGGAAAUUUGAGAGAUGCUGCAGCCUGUGACAUGUUGGAGUUAUCAUGAUCAACUACUCAGUUUGGAUUUCACCCAGUGGCCGAGAGCUUUGCAUAGUAGACAGCAAGGGUUGGACUUUUAAAGAGAGUGAACCAGGCCCGUGACCGAGGUGUAGACUAAGAGUGGAGUCAUGCUUCACACGGCCGUGUCAUGCUGGCAGCCAUUCCUGGGUCUGGUUGUGCUGUUAAUCUUCAUGGAAUCCACCACUGGCUGCCCUGCCCGCUGUGAGUGCUCUGCCCAGAACAAAUCCGUUAGCUGCCACAGACGGCGUCUGAUCGCCAUUCCAGAGGGCAUCCCUAUUGAGACCAAGAUCUUGGACCUCAGCAAAAACAGGUUGAAAAGCAUCAACCCUGAAGAAUUUAUAUCAUACCCUCUGCUGGAAGAGAUAGACUUGAGUGACAAUAUCAUUGCCAAUGUGGAACCAGGAGCGUUUAACAAUCUCUUUAACCUGCGUUCCCUCCGCCUAAAAGGCAACCGCUUGAAGUUGGUCCCUUUAGGAGUAUUCACUGGGCUGUCUAAUCUUACCAAGCUUGACAUUAGUGAGAAUAAGAUUGUCAUUUUACUGGACUACAUGUUCCAGGAUCUGCAUAAUCUGAAGUCUCUAGAAGUGGGGGAUAAUGAUUUGGUUUACAUAUCACACAGGGCCUUCAGUGGGCUAUUUAGCUUGGAACAGCUCACCCUGGAGAAAUGCAAUUUAACAGCGGUACCAACGGAAGCCCUUUCCCACCUCCACAGCCUCAUCAGCCUGCACCUAAAGCAUCUUAAUAUCAACAAUAUGCCCGUGUAUGCCUUUAAAAGAUUAUUCCACCUGAAACACCUAGAGAUUGAUUCCUGGCCUUUACUGGAUAUGAUGCCUGCCAAUAGCCUCUACGGUCUCAACCUCACCUCUCUGUCGAUCACUAACACCAACUUGUCCACUGUACCCUUCCUUGCCCUUAAACACCUGGUGUACCUGACCCACCUUAACCUCUCCUACAAUCCCAUCAGUACCAUUGAAGCAGGCAUGUUUUCUGACCUGAUCCGCCUUCAAGAGCUUCAUAUAGUGGGGGCCCAGCUCCGCACCAUUGAACCUCACUCAUUCCAAGGGCUCCGCUUUCUGCGUGUGCUCAACGUGUCUCAGAACCUGCUGGAAACUUUGGAAGAGAACGUAUUCUCCUACCCACGAGCUUUGGAGGUCUUGAGCAUUAACAACAACCCACUGGCCUGUGACUGCCGUCUCCUUUGGAUCCUGCAGAGACAGCCCACACUGCAGUUUGGUGGCCAGCAGCCCAUGUGUGCUGGCCCAGAUACUAUUCGUGAGAGGUCAUUCAAGGAUUUUCAUAGCACUGCCCUUUCUUUUUACUUUACCUGUAAAAAACCCAAAAUCCGUGAAAAGAAGUUGCAGCACCUGCUUGUGGAUGAAGGGCAGACCGUCCAGCUAGAGUGCAAUGCUGAUGGAGACCCACAACCUGUGAUUUCCUGGGUGACACCUAGAAGGCGUUUUAUCACCACCAAGUCCAAUGGGAGAGCCACUGUGCUGGGUGAUGGCACCUUAGAAAUUCGCUUUGCCCAGGACCAAGACAGCGGGAUGUAUGUUUGCAUCGCUAGCAAUGCUGCUGGGAACGACACCUUCACAGCCUCCUUAACUGUGAAAGGGUUCACUUCAGACCGCUUUCUUUACGCAAACAGGACCCCUAUGUACAUGACCGACUCCAAUGACACUAUUUCCAAUGGCACCAAUGCUAAUACUUUCUCCCUGGACCUUAAAACAAUACUAGUAUCUACAGCCAUGGGCUGUUUCACAUUCCUGGGAGUGGUUUUAUUUUGUUUUCUCCUCCUUUUUGUGUGGAGCCGAGGGAAAGGCAAGCACAAAAACAGCAUUGACCUUGAAUACGUGCCCCGAAAAAACAAUGGUGCUGCUGUGGAAGGGGAGGGAGCUGGACCCAGGAGGUUCAACAUGAAAAUGAUUUGAGGGUCUACACUGUCACUACUGUCUCUGUGUCAUUGUUGGUAGUCAGUAAGACAGUCUGGCACAAUAAAUCACUAGGCUGAGAGGCAGCUUCAUGCAGCUUUGUCUGUGUCAAAGCAGGGUCCAUGGAAGCAGGAGGACUUCUUAUGGAGACUCUCCAUCUAGAGGCAGGCAGGCAUGUGUCAGAGUCCUUUACACAGUGGCAUACUAAUUGUUUGCUUUGCAAAUACUGGCAUUCUGGGGAUCUCAGUAAUGAACCUGAACCUUUGGCUCAUGCUCAUGGACAAUAUUCAGCAUUUUCUACCACUGCAAAAAGAAAAAAUAAGAACAACCUACAGUGUAGGAUUUACAUAUUAAAGACACAUUUGUCUAAAACACACUCUACAGAAAAUUUUGUAUCUAUGAUUAUCAUUUGUUAAAGCCUUGCAUCAUACCAUACUGUUGGUUCAACACCAAAAAGAGAUCAAUAUAUUCUUUACUUUUCUUUUUUAACAUAUAUGCUGUAUAUGUUUUAAAGCAAUAUGAAUGAGAGGUUGUGCUUUUAGUUACUCACCACUAUAGAUCCAAGUGUGAUUUCACCUUCCUUUACCUACAGAUCGGCUUGAAACUAGAUCCCUGGAGUAAUGGGCAGAGAUGUGUUGAGAGAUAUGUAUGUCUGACAUAGGAUGCCAAGAAAUAGGACCCAAGGCAAAACUGCUCAACUCUGUUAACUUCUGUUACUAUAAAUAAAGGCAUGUGCCUAGUUUUGAUACAGAAUGGAAUAUUUUUUAUACUUGUAAUAUCACACUGGACCAAUUUACUGUAACACAGCCCUUGAUUUCUCCUGAAGGAGGUAUGUCACUAGAUGGCCCUGUAAAGUGCAAGGUAGGUAUUUUUAAUGAAAAUAACUCCAUGAUUUUUUUCCCCAGUCACUACUAAUGAGUUACAAAAAAAUUAGAAAAAGUAAUGAUUAUAUAUAAUUAUUGAGUUAAUUCACCAGUAACUAAGAUCAUAAUUUCGUUGUUGAAAGGCUCUCUGAUUUAAGAGAAUUUCUCCUCAGACACCAACAUAUAAACCAAGAUGACCCAUCAUAACAUGAUGGAAAUGCCAGUAAGGAUGUGUUUAAACUGUGAUAGUUACCUGGAGAUUAGAUUACUGCCAAUUAAAGGAACAUCUAGCUACUGCCACACUGCUGUUCUCUAGUACAAUGAUUUAUGCCAGGAGUUACCUUCAAUAGGCAACAUCCAGGUUUCUUCCUGUCUCCUUAUCAAGUACAUAUCUGGUUUUAUUUUUUAAAUUAUCUUGUGUAGAUUUGAUCUUAAAGAGUUAAGAAACUCUGUAAAGUAGCUACUCUUUAAAGAGUAGUAACUCAUUAAAGUAGAAACUCUUUAAGGAGCUAAAAACUACUGAUUUUUUACUUCACUGAGGAAAAAUUUAAGUUUAUAGCCCUAAAAAUAUGUGAAAUUGUGGUGAUUCUUUUGCUCCCUUAGCCCAAGAAUAUUUUCCCAAUUCAAUGGGUAUUAAUGACUGUUAGUCAAAAUUAAACAUUCCUUUCUUUCAAAAAAUUCAUUAUGAUGUGGUCUAAAGGUUUCAUUUGGCCAAAUGUGGCUUUCAAAGCAUAUAUUCAUAGAAUCUGAGAUAGCAUUGACUAUGUAUUUUAUUUGUGAAAUAUUUUAGAUUUAAUUAACAUAAAUAAGACAUUUACUUAUUUUUCAUACUUUGUGAGAGACUUGAAAAAUAUCCUAAUUUUGGAUUGGAUGUAUGUAGAAGAUCUCUGGGAUUUCCUUCUUGACAUUAGAGAUGGGCGGGAGGUCUGACUUUCAAAAGGUUUUUUUUUUUUUUUUUAAUAUUUGAAACUUCAAGAAAGUUCAAUAAAAUAAAAUUGACCCCAUUAGAAAAAAUAUAGAAAUAAUUUUGCCAAUUUGAUACCAAUAUAAUUAACUUUAAUUCUCCCUUAAAAUGGAUAUAAAUGAGAUAUUAACACUAAAAAUUUGAAAAAUAUGCAUUUGCCUUUCCUGGUGAUUAUCAUAAAUCUUUUAGAAAUUCUUUGUGUAUAGCCAUUUAUAUCUAAUAAUACAAAUCAAGCUUUUCUAUACAUUCUGUCAAAGUCCUAACCCAUGUGCAAAUCAAGUGGAUCUUUCCAAAUUAAAAAAAGAAGAAAAAAGUUAAGGUAGAAGGAUAGUCCUCUAAAACAGACUCUAAUACAUUUUAAUUUUUGCAAAACUGUAUGUAGCAAGUACCUAACUGUCAGAGACCAUGUGUGAGCAAUCAAAAGCACAGAACAAUUACAAAAAUCUUUGUGACUUACUGUAUUUUCUGUUAAAGUUUGCCAACAUACCUGAGUGAAAUGAAAUUGCACUAAUAUUAACCUAUCCAUGAGAAGCUUUGGUUAAAUGAUCUAGAUAUUAUUACACUUGAAGAAGAGAGAUUCAUCUGUAAAAUAGCUUGGCUGUUACCAAGCAUUAUCCCAGAAUCACACUGAUUAAUUAGGUUGGGCAAAUGUUGCAUUCUAUAUCCAUUCCUUAAAGGUUCAAAGUCUAUAGAAGCCUAAUAAAUCCUCUGAAAAACAUUAUAACAGAAUCAUGUUUAAUAAUUUUUACUUUGGGAUUUCUCUGAUUUGAACAUGAAACAAGUCAAUUCAUGAUUAAUUGUUAAUACCUUCAGAAACUAGAGUUCCAUAAAACCUAAGUUGGUCAACAUUAAAAUACACCGCUACUCCUUGAAACAUGCCUGAAUGCAACCUAGCUGAAGUAAAAUUGCUAUUUGGAUUAGGCAUAUAUAUAUAUAUAUAUAUAUAUAUAUAUAUAUAUAUAUAUGAUAUAUAGGUGGUGCAAGUAUCAUCCUCAUAAGUGCUCAGACCAUGAAAUUAAAUUGACUAUUUCCAGAAGAAUUGACUACUUUCUCCCUAAAGGACAUUAGUAAUGAAUUUACAAGUAACUAGCUAAAUAUUUAACUUCUGUACACUCACUAUUAGUACAAUUCUUGGGUUCCUUUUUGUAUCUGCAAAGCUCUGGUAUUCCAUCAACUGUAAGUCUGGGAUUUUAAUGUUCAGUUUUUAAAAUAGUUAAGUUUUUUUGUUGUUGUUGGGUUUUGUUUUGUUUUGUUUUUGUAGCUGCUCAGAUCAGUGUAUGGGCCAAAUUUGUCCCCUGGGUUAUGACAUUUCUGAAUUAUCUUCUUCCAGAACUUUUUGUUUCAACGUAUUCUACCAAGUACAGGUGUUUAGCUCAGAAUUUCGUUUUGAGUUGACCAGAACUCUGUUUGUUAUUAAGCAUAUUUUCAGAGAAAUACUACUCUCUCUAGUUAUUAAAUCUAUAUUAGAAAAAAUUUCCCAUAAUAGUCCUAAUGAUGUAAGAAAAUUAAUACAUAGUGUUUGAAAUAUAGUGUGUAUGUAUGUGUAUGUAUGCAAAAUAACUCACCUAAGCAAAUAUGUUUCUAAUGAGAAAUUUGUAUUUUUCCAAAUUCUUAUAUUACUCCCUUUUCUAACCCCUUUUCAUUUUUAUUACAUUUAUAAUCACAUUUUUCAAAUAUUCUUAAAGUUUUAAAAUAUAACCCAGAAACUGCUAAGACUCAUGCUUCCCAGUUUCUGAAGACAUUUGUCAGAACUCUGGUUUUGCUCAACCCUCUCAGUUGAUGCUUAUCACCCACAACUCUCUUUUUAAUACAAAAGAAUUUUAAGAUUUACUUUAUAGCUAUUUUUAGAGUGAAUUCUAUUCUUGUUGUUCUGUCAAAUGUUCUGUUCUCAAAUCUCACAAGAGUCCAGAACUUAUAACCUUUUAUGACUAUUUAAAUAUGGAUUAUUUAAACCCCCCUCCAUUAAAACCUGAUUUUUGUUGCUAUUACUCGAGUGGGAAUAAAAUACUUUUAUAUUAGAAUUAAAAAUGAAAUGUUAAGAGAAAUGAAAUGAACAGAGGCCCACUUAAAUUAACUUAUGUUUCCAGGGUCUCCCUUCAUCUGGUACAAGGAUAUUUGUUUUAUCUUCAGGGGCUAUUCUGAGAAGGCAUUCAACAACACAGAAUGUAUCUUCAGGCUUCUUAGGAAAGAAAAUGUAUAGAUCAUUUUCAGCUUCGAAGGCUAAGACCUGCAAAAGAAGUAUCAGGAAUGUAAAGCAAGAUUGGAGGGAGGUGCUGGGUUCCAUUUUAAUUUUAUGUCUUUAUUUCUAGUUUUUAUAGUUAUUUUCUAACUGAAGAAGAAUCAGAUUAUGCUCUUUUUACAACUUUCAUUUGGGUCUAUUUUUAUCUCUUUUUCUAUAUUCUGGCCACCUAUAGCUCACAAGAGAAUGCCACUGAAUUUUGUAGCGUAUGAGUCAAUAAGAAAAGCUUUGGGAUCAGAGCCAUUCAUUCUAUGUGGUAAAGACUUAUCUUCAACACUGUUACCAUUCCCCUUUGGGCUAAUACAUCAUGUGCCUGGUUAUUUCCAUUGACUUAACAUCAUUGGCUUGAGGAGUGCCAUUCAAUUCUUUUGUUCUGAUGGAAGACUUUUGGAGUUCUGUCUUUGUGUGUAGAAAACUUUUAGGAAUUAAAUAUUACUUGACUCCUGAUUUUAGACUUUGCUGGGCAACAGUAGGUGUUUCUAGGUACUUUGGCAAACACUUGACACAUACCUCUUAGUGACACUCUGUUUUACCCUUCAAAAGUCAUUCCUAAGACAGCCUGUUCAUUUGUUCUCCAGUGAAAGUCUGACUAUUGGUAAGGAAAGCUUCACAACAUCGUCCUCGGAGAUGAAACAAGAUGACUUGCUGGGAUCUUCUGUUAAGUUUACCUAAUAGCGAUGGGAUCCAUGAGCCUUUCAGGUUAGGCUUGCAAGGUUUAUCCAAGUAAAUCAUGUGGUAAAUCAAUCAUUAGUGACUAGAUUCACUGUUCUCCAGUGAAAUCUGCAGUUGAUUGGUCUGUUUUGGGAGCAACAGAAGUAACUACAUGUUUUCUCAAAAAACCUUAGGGACUACAAACUCCUCAUCCUCUGUGAGCUUUUUGACAGAUGGCCUGUAAUAAAAUGUUGGCAGCAACAACAACAACAGAAAACAUGAAUAAGAUGAAUGUAAAAGGGUUGUUUUUCUAAAACAGACCAGACUGAUGGUCUCUUUCCAACUACUAGACUCCGAUUAGGACAAGCUUACAUGUGCCCAAGACUGCCCAUUUCAGUUUGCAAAGUUCUUUACUCCUCCAUCACUUACUGCCAAUUAUUUGGAAAAUAUCCUAAAUAGGAAAGAGGAAAAUAGGAGGGACCCUAGUAGCUCUGUUAUCCUCAAGGGAUAUUGAGGAUCUCAAUAUCCUCAAUGGAUGCUUGAAAGUUCAGGAAGCAUCGAGCUCCAUAAAGAGCUAUCUUUUUACCUACACAUAUAAACCUACUGACCAAGUUUAAUUUAUAAACUAAACAUAGCAGGAGGUCAAAGUUCUAAUAAUAAAAAUAGAACAUUUAUAAAAAUAUACUGCAAUGAGUUAUAUGAAUCUACACUCCCAUGCAUAUUUCCCACUCACACAAAAAUAUUCAUUUAAUAUUUUCAGAUUGAGGUUGAUCUCAAAUAACUGAAACCAUGAAAACAAAAUCAUGGGUAGAGGGGAGGAUGUACUAACUCUUCUGAGACAGCCCAUACACUAAAGCUUUGUCAUGCGCACCAUUCCUGUCUUAUUUCCUGAAACCACAACUAAAAUGAUCCUUGGACUCCUACCUGCCUAUUUACCACUGUUACCUCUGAGCUGCUCUCAUGCCUUAUGAAUGAACGCUUUCUCCAGGGAUAAGACUUCUUUCACUGCUACUCAGAAAUUCUUGGAUAAUUGUUAAACUGUAAAUUGCAUUUUUAAAAAACCCCUCCAGCCUAUCUCAUAACACUUUAAAAGUUAAGACUUACCAUUCAUAUAAUCACAAGCUGACAGCAAUCUGCAGGUUGAGUGAUUCUGAUUUUUUUUCCCCUUCCUGAAGCAGGUGGGUUGAUAUAAUGCCAGACUUAAAAAGGAAGAUUUAUUUAUAGCCUUAGCAGGAUGAGAAAAGAGCUGGCAUAAUCAAGAGAGUACUUCACAUUUUAAGGAAGCCUCUACCUUUAGUAUGCUAAUUUCCAUUAGAAGACAACAGAAAUGCAAAUUUAUGUUCUCUAGAUUGGUUGAUUGUACUAAUCUCAGUAAAGUUCAAAUGAUUCUGUUCUGGCCAUACUGAAAGUGAGUCAGAUUUUGCACUCGAUCUAACAGGACUAUUUUUUUUUUAAUUUAAAAAACAGAAAUUUUGUUGCUAUGUUAAUUUUUUUUUUAUUUUGUUGCACACCUCCCAUUCUGAAUUGCUUUAUUCUGAACUUUAAUAUAAUUGAUACAAUCUAUGAAAUAUGAUUAACAAAAAAGUUAAGCAAAAGAGUAACUCAGAUUUGGAAAAUUUCUCCCAUUCCUUAAAACAGUAUGUGUCUAGCCAUGUACUGAUUCAGACAUACAUCUGUGUGAUAGUACCAUACUGAAGUUAAGUCAUAAGAAAUAUAUAGAAAGUAUCUAUAAGAAAACAUGCUGUCAUCCUCCAGUGAUAAAAUUAGAUGCACCAUACACAUGUAUGCUAUUUAAAGCACAAGACAGUUGUCUAUACAUUUUAUCCAUUAAGUGUACAAUGCUCCAAAUUAUAAUAAAACUAUUGUUUAUAUAUACAUAUAUAAAUAUGUGGGGUAGGGUUGUUUGAUUUUUUUUUUUAAGUGUUUAAAAUGUAACUUUAAAAAGUUAACUUUGAACAGGAGGGAACAAGAAAAAAGAUAAUGUGUCUCUGUAUUUUUCUUUACUGUCUUUUACCAAAAUCUCACUCUGGGAAUAUACCACAAUUGGAAGUAAUUAACCACCAUUCUAACAAAACUUUUCUUAAAAAUGCCUGAUAGCUUGGUUUGUUCUUAAAUUAUUAAUGCUAAAGGCAAAAUUAUCUUGAUUUAGGUUUAUGUCUUACUAUUAUUAUUGAAUAAUCAUGUGGGCAUGUUGCUUUUUUAACAUGUAAAAACAAGUUAACUUAUUUACAUGUAAAAUACGUUAGAAAACAUUUUCUUUGCUGAUAAAAAGGGCUUAAGCAUCUGACAUUCAGUUGAAUCCACUGGGCUAUCAAGAAAUAAAAUGUAAGAAAAGGUCACUGGAGUCACAUAGAAAAUAUCUUCUUACUGAGAAAAGUAGGUUACAUGAGACUCAUAAGGAACACAAGGCUGUUAAAUUGUGUGAGCACCACGUUAACAAAAUUUUCUACAGAGCCGGCAGAAGAGGCCCACCAGUGGACUCUUGCUUCUGUGGUGCAGUAGUGGAGACCAUGCAGAGAGUACGAGAGGGUAGGCUGUAUCAGGUUCUUUAUUAAAGUCACAAAAGGGUCAGAUUUGACCUGCUAGAUAUUGAAAUCUAUGCACUAUCAAUGAUACUAUAAAAAUAUUCUAUGUUAGUGAAAAUAAAUCCUGUAUCACUUGCAAAAUUAUCUCAAUUUCAUUUGACUUGGAAGGGUUAGGCAAGCCACACUACCUACCUACAUCAUCAUCUAGUUUAUGUUAGCUUUCACUCAGUCAGCUUUUCAUGAUCCAAAACCUCAUGUAAAAAACAAAGGGACAAAUAUUAAUAUUAAAGGGGGAAAAUUAUCUUCAAGCAAAUUGGUAACAAAAGAGAGAAGGUUGUCUAGUGUUAAAGAGAAAUGAAUUGAAAGUUUAGAAUUUAUUCCCAUGCAGUGCAUGUGCUGAGAUGGAAGAUGCUCUUCUUCUUGGGGGUAUUUAAGGGACUGGGCUUCUGGGAGCUGUGCUCAGGUACUGUCACCAGCUAUUGCAUCAUCCUUACCUCCUGUAGUUCAUUUGAUGCCUUCCAGUGAAGGGCACGUAGGUGUAGGUGAAAGCACAAAGCUGACAGCAAGGGUAACUGGAAGAUAUGUUAGAUGACAAGAAAGCCUGAGAUUGACCUGUAGACAGCAGCAAACACAAAUUCUGAGGCUGUUAUUUGAGGGAUUCAAGGAAAGGUUACUUUGCUGCUCUUUAAUUGCAAAAUGGAGAGCUUGCUACCAUACAGAGAUUUCCUUCUCCUUGAAAAUUUUUUGGUAAUCCAGAAUUGCUUGAGCAAGAGUUAUGUCUUUGACAGUGGGUUUUCAUAGCACUAAACCAGCAUGACAAAAACAAAACAAUGUCCUGUAAACAUAGUUCUGAAUGUAUUGGGUACACGUCUUUGCCAACUAAUACAAGUUUGAUUAUCAAGGAAACUCACUGAUCAGUUAAGAUUGUCCCAAUAUUCCAUAACUCAUUCAUAAAUAAUGGGAAAGAGAUAAUUCAGUGAAGUGAAAUUAUUAAAAGGUAACUUAAACUUACUUUUACCUUAGCAUCUUGGCUCCAUAUUUCUAAAGAAUUUCUGGUCAUGUGUUACUUCUUAAAAUUAAAAGUUCAUCACUGUUUCUGUCUUUGUUUUGCUUCAUGUUUUUCUCAUUUUUCUGUUUCCAUUUUUGUUUUUCCCAUUUUUCUGCAACAAGCACAGCUUUUUGAAUGUUUUCUGUCAUUUGAUAUAAUCAAACAUAAAUUAUAGGUUCCUAUCUACUCUCCGUAAGGCAGAUAAAUUUAUUGUAUAAACCUAUAUUCUUAGUUAUCUUAUCAUCAGACUCAAAAUACAAGACAUAAAGAUUCCUGACCAUAAAAGUCAAAUUGAAGAGAAGAUAGUUAAACCUGAGCAAAAACUCACCUGAAUUUCUACCAUAGUCUGUGAAAAAUAUGAGACAUUGGCAUCUAGGGCUUGUCCCUCUAGUGCCUUUCAUCAACUAUUAUAAAUAACUAGAGCAAAAAUUGUGACCUUCUGUAAAAAUACUGGAUUUGGAAGGAUUUCUUAUAGCUAUGCAGCCAAUACCCAUACUCAUUCCACAAUUCUCUGAACUUGGUAAAUCAGAACAUGUCAGUAAUCUCUCUGAAUAGUACGUGUAUUUUAAUGCCAGAUACACAUACACACACAUAUAGUUUUAUACUAUGAGUACCAUCUACAAAAAUGAUAAGGAGAUGAACUGGCAGAUGGAAGAUGUAUGGUCUUCUCUGUCUGAACAUCAAUAAUGAAAACAAAGAAUACAACUCAUCAUUCGGAAGUUAGUAGCUGAGAUUUGAAAACCCAAGGGGAGUCUACUAGUCUAAUGUGCUAGUAAACUAAUUGCCUCUUUGAUUGAAAAACUUAAAUCUUGUAUAUGAUUGCAAAAGGUACAUCUAUACUGAAUAAUUUUAUUAUUUUGAUUUUUAUAUUAGGAGGUAAAUCUAUUUAUCAGAUCUCCCUCUAAGGCAACCCUUUUUCUAAACAUAGCCUCCCUGGUCAUGUUUUUCCUUAGCACAAGAGAUUGCACAUUUUAGCGCUACAGCACAGAGCAAUUCACCACAUCUAAUCUAUUCCUUUAGCCAUGGACUAUUAGCUACAUGUAUAAAAGACUAAUAGGUUACAUUAAUUAUAUACAUACAGAGCUCUUGUGAAAGUUAAGUAAAUACUUCUUUAAACACCCACCCAUAUAAACUCAUUCUAUGGCACCUGACAUUCUUAUGGCUCGUAGCAUAUCUGCUUAAACAUCCAUCCUACAGGGAAUAAAUGCACUGGACCUCAAAUAAAUGUGUAGUGCAAAGAGAUUACCAGCUCCACCAUCUGGAUUUAUAUAAGCUCUUCUAUGUUAGUAAUCCAGUUGCCUGUACUUUAGUGGUCUAAAGAGCCCUCCAUGGCAAUGCUUUAAGAAAAUUGCUGACAUUAAUAUAGGUUUGCCUUCAAUACAAAAGAAUGGGUUUUUUUUUUGUUUGUUUGUUUGUUUGGUUGGUUUUUGGGAUGUUUGUUUGUUUGCUUGUUUUUUCCCUGAAUCUUCUGGAGUGAAAGAAAGAAAAAGAAAGAAAGAAAGAAAGAAAGAAAGAAAGAAAGAAAGAAAGAAAAUUAGGUUCACAGAAAUGGAAAAUGACUCAAAAAUGAACGCUGGCUGGUAAGUGCAGGGAAGACAGUCCAUUGUUUAGGUAGUUCAGGGUCUUUUCAGAAUAGCAUCUGAUAAGAACCAGAGAGGGUAGGUUUUUGGAUGAGUGAUAAAAAGCAAGUAAGUACACUGAGACUUUAACUGUGUUGGAGAAUGGGUGGUGUUUGUGUUUGUGUCACUGCCUGCCUCUUCAUGGUUUGGGUUCCAAACCAGUAAGUAAACAAAUUCUGUAUUGAAAAACAUUUUAAAUGUCUUAGUAUUUAUACACUUCUAAAUACUGCCAACAUUAACUCAAAUACAGGAAAACUGAAAAUUCAGGAAACUACUCAUUUUUAAUUAAAAAUUAUACAUCAGAUUUUUCUAGCUUUUGUUUUAAAAGAUGCAGAAAAUUUAAUUUUCCACAUAUCCAGGCAUAGACUCCAUUCACUCGUUCAAUUAUUAAAUCAUGUAAUACCUAUUGAAUAUCCAUGAUCAUAGUAACUUAAUAGCACAUCAGUAAAUAAAGCUAUCAAAAUGUGCUUCAAACUUUAAUCCAUAUUAACUCUUUGACUUCCAUAUUGCUCAUGACCCAUUUCUCAUUCUAUCAUACAAAUCAUAUGGUUUAGAGAUGGGCCUUAGUGUCCAACUGACCAGGCAUGAGUCUGGCAAUGAGGACCUACUCACUUUAAUGAUCCAUUCUCAGGGAGUCAGAAUGGUUAAGUACUAAAAAAACAAGGAUCUAGAGUAAGAGUCUCCAAGGCUCUGUCACUAGAUUCGGGUUUCUCUAUGGGAAGCUACUGAACAUUUCUACAUCCCUGUCUCUCAAAAUGACCAUAACACUACCUACCUCACAAGGGUGCUGUGAGGCAUACUGUGAAAAGCAUGGGGGAAUGACAUAAAAAUGAGAACACAUUAUAAAGGUGCUACAGGAUUUAGGGUGACUAAAGAAAUCAGUGGGUGUGAACUCCUCUCCCCUGGGAGCCCAGGUCUACCAGAGUACACAUCCUCCUCUUAAGACUGGAGUCUAAAAUGAUACUGGCCGUCAGUUGGCUGGUUUACGUUUAAAAUCACUGACUUCUACAAAAUUAAUAACAAAUUCUCCCCUCUCUUUGGGAGAUGCUGGUUUAGAAAAAUUAUUAAUUUUAACAAAGUACAUAAAUAAUUCAUUUCUAGGCACUAGGGGUAGGGGAAACAUGCAUUUCAAUAUGAAACAAGAGUUUUAAAAGAUAUCUUCAAGAGGAUGCGUUUCAUUGGAGAAGGUUUGUUUUUCUGUUUGUUUGCUUGUUUGUUUGUUUGUUUGUUUUAUCUGGGGCUUUCUGAUGGUUUCAUUCUGACUCCCUAUUUUUCUGUACCAUUGUUUUAACAUACUUCCCUUUUCCCUUUUACUAGAAGGAAAACUAUCUUCAUGACGAUUCUUUUCAUUCAGUCUGUUUUGCUCAAAGGACAAAUUCUUUUGAAGAACUAUUGUAAUUAUUUUCUUGGAUGGCCAUGUUAACUGCCAUAUUGUUUAAGCCCUAUCAUCUUGGUGUCCUUCAAAAUUGUCAGUUGUUUUAAAUUACAGGAGUGGGAGGAGGGAGCUGAAAACCACAUUGUUGUAAUUGAUUUGUAUGUUUGAACUGUCAUAUCAGAAAAUAAGGUUAUGAAUUCCAUCUGUUGAGACACAAAAAUAAAAUACUUUCCUAUAAAAUGUA